AUGUCAUUUCAAGCCCAACAGCAGCAGACAGUGCCAAAGGAGGUCAACCAGGAUAAAGGGGAUGCUUUCGAGAAGCAGAUUUUAAGUAUUGUGGAAACUUUCAAGAGGAGGCGGCAGCCGCAACCAACAGCACCUGGUGGGCCUGCUUCUCCUGCACCUCCUCCGGCUCCUCAGGCCGUAGCUCAGCCAGUGCCUGUCCAACAUCCUGACCAAGUCAAUGUGCCACAAGCGUCACAUCCACAACCGCCUCAAGUGAAUAGCCAACCGGUCCUACCAAUUCCAAGCAACAACCAAGGGAUUCAAUCAGUCCAACAGCAGCAGCAGCAACAGCAACUUCUUUCACAGAUGCAACAAGAGAAGCAGAUUCAGCGUCAACAGUUGACGGGGGUAGGUCCACAGGCUACAGGAAGCAUGUUCCGGCCUACUAAUAAUGCACAAUCACCACUUCAACACAACCCAGGAGUUUUACAGCAAACUCUUGCAGGGACCCUACUGCAAUCAACUGUGGUACCUACAUUGCAGCCUGUAGGAGCUGCAAUGCCUACCAGCAGUACAGGGCUAAUUGGUGAAAAUGGAUUGAUCGGCUUGUCGGCAAAUUCUAAUGUACCCGGCAAUGUACGCAAUCCGGCAUGA